AUGGUCACACUACCUGUAGACUCAAACAUUGAGUCUAAAGAGGCCAAAGCUGGUGGCAAUUUGGCCGAAAAGACCUACCACGAAAUGGAUGCGCAUCAAAAGCCCCGAAAAUCGACACAGUCGCAAAGCAGCUCCCAGAGGGAAGUACUUGUAGCUUCAGCUGUUCAAGGAAUUGCUAAAUUACCGACUCCCAACAAAAGUGGAGCAGUGGGCCCGGCUCCCAUGGAGCUAACGGACCCUAAAGGAUUCCGUCAUGCCCCCUCAAGGGACAAGAACAAAUAUGAUACAAGCAUUGACACGUCUGCGGUUCUGGUUAGAGAGAGGCACAUACAAGAGAUUGUCGAUAACAUUGGCAAAGACGAUGUGCGCACUUUGUUCCCGUGGCGAAACAUUGGGUCUUUUCGUUCGGCUGCCGACGCUGCUCCUAGCGCUGACUCGCAUCUUAUCAGAGCGUACAUCACCGAGCGAUUCUACAAUGAUUUGUACUAUAACACAGCUGGAAUGAUCGGCACAUGCUUCUUUGCGUGGCUUUUGGCGCAUCUGGGUUUCUCGUGGUGGUCUCUGGGAUUUUUAUUCUUGUGCACUGCCUCUGUUUAUCGCACAGAAUUUCGUCGUUUCAACAGGAACAUUCGCGAUGAUUUAAAAAGAAUCGUUGUGGAAGAGACUCUCACGGAUCGUACUGAAACUACGCUAUGGCUAAACUCGUUUUUAUCAAAAUUCUGGGUUAUCUACAUGCCAGUUCUCUCGCAACAAGUCAAAGACGUUGCAAACCCCACGCUGGCAGGAGUUGCACCAGGAUACGGUAUUGAUGCCUUGUCAUUAGAUGAGUUCACAUUGGGUACAAAAUCACCAACGAUCGAUGGUAUCAAGUCUUACACGAAGAGAGGUAAGGACACCGCGGAGAUGGACUGGGUUUUCUCUUUUACACCGAACGACGUCUCAAACAUGACAGCUAAAGAGGCGAAGGAAAAAAUAAACCCAAAGAUUGCGCUAGGUGUUACGAUAGGAAAAGGAUUCGUCUCGAAAUCGUUGCCAGUUUUGGUCGAAAACAUCAACGUUGCGGGAAAGUUGCGCGUCACAAUCAAGUUUGGGCAGUCUUUCCCUAACAUAGAGAUUGUAUCCAUUUCUCUUCUCGAGCCACCUUUCAUUGACUUUGCUUUGAAGCCAGUCGGCGGGGAUACUCUGGGACUCGACGUGAUGUCAUUCUUACCAGGACUGAAGACGUUCGUGAAGACCAUGAUUAACUCCAAUGUGGGCCCUAUGUUGUACAAUCCAAAUAAACUUGAUAUCAACGUCCAAGAGAUAAUGAAGCAACAGGCACAAGAUGCGAUUGGGGUCGUUGCUGUCACGAUCAAUUCUGCCAAGGACUUACAGGCUCCCGAUUUCGCUGGCAACUCAGUCGAUCCGUAUGUGACCUUAACCACCGACCGUGAUAUCACGGGCGUAACGCCCAUCAGGACUACUGUUAAAUCAAGCAUAACCUCACCCGUUUGGAACGAAACCAAAUAUCUUUUGGUCACAACUUUGGAACAAACACUCUCACUAAAUUGUUUUGAUUUGAACGACCUCCGUAAAGACACCUUAAUUGGUAAAGUGCAAAUUGAUAUGAAGGACUUUUAUCAAAGGCCUUCACUAGAAAAUCAAAAGUCUAAAAUCGUUUCGGGGGGUAAAAAUAGAGGAACCCUCGAUUAUGACAUUCAUUGGCUCCCGGUGACGGAAGAGAAACCUGAAAGAGAAGACGGAGAUGCGACAGAUGAGAAAGAGGGGAGAGAGGAACAGGCAGAGGAGGGACAAGUAGCCUCAGAUGUGGGUAUCAUUAAGCUCACUUUACACAAGGUCAAAGAUUUGAAAGGGUCCACAAGUUCUACAUUUUCAUCUACCUUGAGUCCCUCUGCCGAAAUGCUUGUUGAUGGAAAAGUUGUGAAAAAGUACAGAACCCUUAGACGAAUCAAAGAGCCGUCCUGGCAAGAAACUAAUGAGGUGCUAAUUCCGUCAAAGAAAAAUUGUACUCUGGAAUUCAAGGUUUUUGAUGAAACUGUACGCGGGAAAGAACUACUAUGCGAAUACUCGUCAACGGUAGAAGACUUAAUGGCGCUGCCUAGCCUUGAGCAGAUGACGCUACGUGGUUCCUCACAAGGCCAGAUCAUAGUUUCUGCCCAGUGGAAGCCUGUUGCUAUGACGGGGUCAUUCGCUCCUGCAAAUGCGAGAAAAGAGCCUAUCGGUGCCAUUAGAUUGCAUCUAAUGGAUGCUUUGAUUAGCGAAAAUCUCUCAGGUGUCGGUGAUAUUGAUCCUUACGCUAUAAUACGACUCAAUAGAAAGAUAGUGCAACGCACCCAUUACUUUUCGGAGAACAGGAGCCCAAACUUCAAUACUGUCACCUUUGUGCCCAUCACUUCAGAAAAUCAAAAGCUAUCCAUUGAGCUAAUGGACUACCAACACGUGGGUAAAGAUCGCCAUAUCGGCUCAUAUGAUAUUCCCGUAACUAAACUUGUUGAAAAGGACCAUGAAACCGGAAAAUACGUGCCCAUUGAACAAGGAAAGACAUCACAAUGUCGCUUGCUUAACGAGAAAAUGGAACUCACCAAGAGCUAUUUUAAUGUUUCGAUGUCUUUUAUUCCAAUCCUGCCUGUGUAUGGUCCUGAUGAAUUGGCUAGAGUUGAACAGCUCGAAGCCCAACAGGAAAAGAAGAAGAAAGAGUUCGAAAAGGAGCAGCUGCAACUCCGGGAGGAAAUGGAGAAACAUCCAGAUAAAUAUGAGGUUGUCGAGGUUGAGGACACGGACCAGCUUGCUCUCGGUAUGGACACUAAGGAAAAGAAGACCCUUGACGAAUUGUUAAAAUUUAAUCAAGGUGUUAUAAAUUUGCAAAUUUUGAGGGGAACACUGACCAGGAAGACUGCUUUCCUGCAGCUCAUCUUAGAUGAUUUUCCAAUCCCUGUGUUGACCACUGCCAAAGCUACCAUGGGCAAGAUUAUUCCUGACAACGGUACGUGCUUCAUCCGAGACUUGGAUCAUAGCAGAAUGACUUUUAGAAUCACGCGUAAAGAGAAGGUUAGCGAGUUGGACGAGAUUUUCGACGAGUUUAGCAUUGGCACAAAAGAUCUGUUGAAGAGCAGCUACGAGAAGCCUCACUCUAUAAAGCAAAAAGGUUGUGAAAUCGAAUUGAGAAUGCUUUACACGCCAGCAGCAAAGCAGCUUCCUGACUCCGAGACCGCCUCUGAUACAGGGGUCCUCAAACUGAAUGUCAUAUCCGCCGAAGAUGUUCCCUCACAUGACAGAAAUGGAGCAUCUGACCCCUUUGUCGUUUUUUCUGUGGACGGGCGGAAAAUCGAGAAGACUGAAGUUAUCAGGAAGACAUUGAGCCCUGUUUGGAAUCAAAGAUUUGAGGUCCCUAUCCCUUCGAGAUCGAGAGGUGAAGUCAAAGCUGAGAUUUAUGAUUGGGAUAGAGCGGGUUCUAAUGACCUCCUUUGCUCGAGUAUUGUUGACUUAAAAACCUUGAUUCCAGGUAAGGGCCAAGAGUUUGAUUUGAGCAUGGAACCUCAGGGUAAACUCAAACUAGGAAUAACUUUCGAAGCCGGAUACCUGUACCCACCUCUAGAUCCGGUGAAGGGUAGCCUUACGGGUAAACCUUGGAAGGUCAUCGGCGGCGCAGCCAAUGUAGGAAUGGGAGUUGCGGGUGCUGGUAUGGAAUUUGCAGGCGCUGGACUAGGCGCCGCUCACAGUGCGGCUGGAAUGGGACUGGGAGGUGUAAGUAAAGGUGCGCGACUUUUGAGAGGGAAGACUUCUAAGAAGUCAAAGAGUCGGGAAAACGCUGAUAAUUCUGAUAUAAUUCCUGACAAUAAAAGAGCACAAGCCUCUGGGGAAGCACGGAAGUCACUUGAUUUUGACCCUUCGAAGCCCAAUAAUAGCUACGCUAAGGUUCAAACAGCCCAGCAACCUGCAACCCAACAAAAAAAUGGAGAAGGCUCGAGUAUCGCUGGCGCUCCUGGGCCAAUCCACACGCGCUCUCCUUCAUCGACCAGCAGUUUUGCCCGUACGCUAGCGCCAAAUGGCACUUACAAAGGUAAGGUAACGAUAGUUGCGGCCGAAAAUAUUGGUAAAGCCAUACAGAUCCGUGUGUCUCUUGCACAGGGAGGGCGUAUGAAGCAUUUGUACCGCACUGAGAAUAGGAAGACGGAUGGUAAUGGUUUUACGUCCUUCGAUGAGACAUGUUCAUUUAAAGCUUCCCCAGAAGCCAACCUAGUUUUUGGCGGAGUGCUCGUUCACAAGCUCAGCAAGGAUACCGAUCUUGGGAUUGCUCAAAUUAACCUCGGCGACCCCCAUAUACAGCAGGAGGGACAAUUAUCCUUACGACUGGGAAAAGGUCAUCUCAUAGUCAAAAUUGAUUACGGCAGUGAGGAUCUUCCGCCUGUUCCUGACAUUCCUUUCGAGUACAAGAAUUAA